AUGAAGAAGAAAUCUUGUAACGAGGGGGAUUCUUAUUUGUACAAAUGGUACUUCGAACUUGGAACGAGUAUGAAGGAAUUAACGAUACUUCUUUAUCUUUUGAGUUGUUCUGCCGGAUCGGUCGCUCAAGACCUUUGGUCUCUACCCGGACCUGAUGAAAAAAAUGGGAUCACUUCUUAUGGACUCGUUGAGAAUGAUUCUGAUCUAGUUCAUGGCCUAUUAGAAGUAGAAGGCGCUCUGGUGGGAUCCUCACGGACAGAAAAAGGUUGCAGUCAGUUUGAUAAUGAUCGAGUGACAUUGCUUCUUCGGUCCGAACCAAGGAAUCCCUUAAAUAUGAUUCAAAAAGGAUCUUGUUUUAUCGUUGAUCAGAGAUUUCUCUAUGAAAAAUAUGAAUCGGAGUUUGAAGAAGGGGAAGGAGUCCUCGACCCGCAACAGAUGGAGGAGGAUUUAUUCAAUCACAUAGUUUGGGCUCCUAGAAUAUGGCGCCCUUGGGGCUUUCUAUUUAAUUGUAUCGAAAGGCCCAAUGAAUUGGGAUUUCCCUAUUGGGCCAGGUCAUUUCGGGGCAAGCGGAUCAUUUAUGAGGAAGAGAAUGAGCUUCAAGAGAAUGAUUCGGAGUUCUUGCAGGGUGGAACCAUGCAGUACCAGACACGAGAUAGAUCUUCCAAAGAACAAGGCUUUUUUCAAAUAAGCCAAUUCAUUUGGGACCCUGCGGAUCCACUCUUUUUCCUAUUGAAAGAUCAGCCUUUUGUCUCUGUCUCUGUGUUUUCACAUCGACAAUUCUUUGCAGAUGAAGAAAUGUCAAAGGGGCUUCUUACUUCCCAAACAGAUCUUCCUACAUCUAUAUAUAAACGCUGGUUUAUCAAGAAUACGCAAGAAAAGCAUUUCGAAUUGUUGAUUCAUCGCCAGAGAUGGCUUAGAACCAAUAGUUCAUUAUCUAAUGGAUUUUUCCGUUCUAAUACUCUAUCCGAGAGUUAUCAAUAUUUAUCAAAUAUGUUCCUAUCUAACGGAACGCUAUUGGAUCAAAUGACAAAGACAUUGUUGAGAAAAAGAUGGCUUUUCCCGGAUGAAAUGGUUGUUGCUAUCUGCUCCAAUAACGAAUCAUUGGUUUAA